AUGGUGACGUCUCUGUGUAACCUGAUGGGUGAUGGUGACGUCUCUGUGCCGAGACCCGGGCGGUUCUGCCCGUCCGACCUCUUCCAGGCCCAGACGGAACCCGUAGACCUCUCCACCAACAAAUCCAGAACGUCGCCCCCGACGACCCGGCCCUCCCCACGGCACACUCCGCCUUCCUCCUCCUCCUCCUCCUCUUCAUCCCCCUCUUCCUCCUGCCCCUCCGUCAUCACGCCUGUCCCGCGCCCACGCGUGCUCACGCCCAUCUCGGGGUCGCCCCCAGGGGUCAGAGGUCAGCCCUUCUUGCAGAUGGCGCACCCCCACCCUGUGCCCCCGUGCCCGAGCCCAGUCCACCUGCACCCGGCGCGUGUGUGCCGCCUGCGCUGGGAGCCACCACGGCAACAUCCCGGCCUCAUGAUACCCCUGCUGGAGGAGAGCAGGAUUCACAGGGCAGUCACACACCGUGUCCCAGAUGGACCGUCGCCACGGCGAUCCCACAGCGACAGCGACGACGAUGACCUGCCGAACGUGACCUUGGACAGCGUCAAUGAGACAGGAUCCACAGCACUGUCCAUAGCACGCGCCGUGCAAGACUCCAUGUUGCCAUUCAGCAUCGAGAGCCUGCGGCGGCCGCGCCGGUCCGAGUCGCCGGACUCCAAGAGGAGGCGUAUUCACCGGUGUGAGUUUGAGGGCUGCAACAAGGUCUACACCAAGAGCUCCCACCUGAAAGCGCACAGAAGAACACACACAGGUGAGAAGCCGUACAAGUGCACGUGGGACGGCUGCACGUGGAAGUUCGCCCGCUCGGACGAGCUGACGCGCCACUACCGCAAGCACACGGGCGUCAAGCCCUUCAAGUGCGGUGACUGCGACCGCUCCUUCUCCCGCUCCGACCACCUGGCCCUGCACCGCCGUCGCCACGCCCUCGUCUGAGCGCCAACGCAGCCCAUUGGAUGCUGGAGUGACGGACAGACAAACUGACCAAUCAGAUCAGCAGAGCUGGUUCUCUGCCUGUUAGCAGUCCCCAUGGGGGCCAGGGGCCAAUAUUUCACUCCUCCCCCUUUUGAAGCAAUUAAAGCAACA